AAAACGAAAGAAAGAGAAAAAGAAAGAAGAAAAAAAUCUGUUGCUGUAAGUUGUAUAGUCUGUCUGGUUUUCUCUAUGGCCCCUUGUUUUUGCAAGACUCAUCACCACCAGGUCUCUUCUUCUUAUUCUUCUUGUAUAUUAGUAUUCACUCAUCCUUUACUUUUUACCCAUCUUAUAAUCCCACAGAAACAUCUUCUUCUCUUCAAAUUAGAUCUAGUCUAGCUAUAUAAAAGAAACUGAUCAACUGAAGUUCUUUUGUUCUUUCUAUUCUUAAGAGAAUAUCUGUCUUGGUUUAAUUAAGAGAGAAAAGUACACUACACUAGUACUGGUUUGUUUGUACCUCUUGUUUAUUCAUCUUCUUAUUAAUUUUAUGUACUCCUAGAGAGAUCAGUAUCUGUUAUCAGACAUAUUUCUGUUUGGUUUUGUGUUUUUUGGCAAUUAAUAUCAAGUUCGGAUCUAGGAAAAUGGAUAUGACAUUUAAGAACAAGUUGUAGUCUAGUUUGUCGGUCGAGGAAUCCGAUAAGAAGAUCUAUCUAUAUAUAUAUACAAAGAUAAAAGAUAGAGGGAAAUUAAGAAGAUAGAGAGAAACUGGUUUCAGGUUCGUUUGUUUGUUUGAGGGUGACAAUGGAGGCAAGUGUAGUAGGGAAAAAAAGGAACAAUGUAGUAGUGCUUGGAAACAGUAUUUCUAGGAAGAAGAGAUGUAUAAAAAGAACAAAACAGUGCAAGAAACCGACAAUGUCGAUGACAUUGCAGAAGUUGUUCACUUCUUGUAAACAAGUGUUCAAAGGACCUGGGACGAUUCCAAACUCACUAGAAGUUCAAAAUCUCCGGCACAUUCUUGAUAAUAUGAAUCCAGAAGAUCUUGGAUUAAGCACGGAUUUGCUUUUCUUCAAGUCUGGUGGUGUUACUGCAGGAACUCCAAGUAUUACAUAUACUACUAUAUGCAAAACUCAGAAUUUCUCGAUGUGUCUUUUCUUUCUUCCUCCAUCUGCAGUCAUUCCACUUCAUAAUCACCCAGGAAUGACUGUUUUCAGUAAGCUUCUUCUAGGAUCAAUGCACAUCAAAUCUUAUGAUUGGGUUGAUUCUGACAUGGCUACGUCCUCACAAUUAAGAUUAGCAAAGUUGAAGGCUGAUAAUGUCUUUACAGCUCCAUGCAACACGUCUGUACUUUAUCCCACAUCUGGAGGCAAUAUCCAUGCCUUCACUGCCUUAACACCUUGUGCAUUGCUUGAUGUGAUUGGACCUCCUUAUUCGAAAGAAGAUGGUCGAGACUGCUCAUACUACAGAGAUUUUCCAUGCUCUGUUUCUAUUGACAGUGCCGUGGAUGUAGCGCUAGAGAGGAGAAACUGGUGGAACAUGUCAUCUAAACCAUGCUGUCCCAUGGACGAAGCUUUAGAAGCUUUAGAGGGAAAAGACGUUUAUGGAUUGUUGGAGGAGAUCGAGAUGCCCAAGGACUUGAAGAUGGAAGGUAUCGAGUAUUUGGGUCCACAAAUCAUCCAUGAAGCGGCUGUAUAAAUUUAGACUUGGCAACUUUCUCAGUAGAAUCAGGGGUGUUCUUUAUGUCCUCUUCGCUUUUGAAGUAGAACUGUAACUUUUUUUAACAGAGUUAGGAGUGUUCUUUGCUUUCUUUUGUUUGUUUAUAAGUUCGGAAAAACAGAAGUCUAGAAAAUUCUGUACAAAAGUUGGAGCUUCAAAGCAGUAGACAUCUUACAGCUCUUUCGUGUAAUACGAGUCCCACAAUGCAUGCCGUAUAGCUUUAUCAAAUUCCUUAAAUUUUCCUUUUUAUUUAUUUAUGAUAGUUAAGUGGA